AAAAUAUGCUCCGCCUACUCUUACACUACCUCAGGGCAAUUUGAGAUUCGGCAUGUGCGGAAUCCUCUUCGGCAUUCAACGUACAAAGGAUGUCUCAAGUUUGGAAUACAGUCGCACUUGGUCUACACUACAGGAACUAAAUGCUCGACGAGGACCAAGCGCUCAGGACACACACAGCGUGAAAAUUGAUCAGGACUAUACACAAUGUGGCGAUGUUGGUUCAGGAAAAGAGAUGACAUUCUAUGGUGCGGUUCUCCACCUCAGAGGUGACAGAGUCACUCGUCAACCUCAUGUCUCCAAGACUGGGAAUAUACUCCUCUGGAAUGGCGAGAUCUUUGACGGGAUUUUUGUAGACCAUCAUGAGAACGAUGGAGAGGUGCUAAUGACAAAAUUGGAGGCAUUCUCUCAAACUGAUAAUGUCCAGAGCCACACAAAUCGUAUCUUGCAGGUUAUGGCCAGCAUCGAAGGGCCAUACGCUUUUGUGUAUUUCCAUGCUUUAACACGGACGAUACACUUUGGUAGAGACUGUUUAGGGAGGCGCUCACUACUGUGGCAUAAGAGAAAUAACGAAGGAAGCAAUAUAGAUCUGCCGUUUAUCUUGACAUCCGUAGGAUACAGCUCCUUCCGCAAGGACUUAAUGCUCAUGGAAGAGGUGCCUGCAGAUGGGAUCUAUAGGUUGGCUCUCGAAGCACAGAGUAAAAUGUCUCUCACUCGAUAUCCAUGGGCCUCAGCAACCUCUAUCCAACCUAUUCCCAAUGAGGUUUGCAGCAGGAUGCCUCUACCGUUUGGUAAGGUAAACGACCAUAUCCCUACAGUGAAUGAAUUAGCAGAGCCAUUUCCAAAGGAUAUCAAAUUUGAUCAAGCGCAUCCUGAAGUUGUACCGUUCGUUACAGAAGACAUGAGAAGAGCGAUUUCAGACAUGAUUGAGAUUUUGGGGGACUCAGUCCGUAGACGUGUACAAGAUAUUCCGCGAACUGGCCAACUUCAUGAGGCUCGGGUUGGCAUUCUGUUCUCAGGAGGAUUGGACUGUUUAUGCCUUGCAGCUCUGGCUGACCGGUUUUUACCUCAGGAUGAGGCCAUCGAUCUACUUAAUGUUGGAUUUGAAAAUCCUCGGACUGUAAGGGCCCAAGCAGCGGAAGAAGCUCUGGCCUUGAAGCGUUUAAAGAAGCUAUCAACCUCUGUUAGCAACACAGGCGAAUCCAAAACUAAUAGUCCGAUAACGCAACCCAGAUCCAAAUACAAUGUUCCAGAUCGAGUCACCGGGUAUGAGAGUCUCGCCGAGCUGAGACGGAUAGCCCCCAAUAGACAUUGGAACUUUGUAGAGGUUAAUGUCCCCUUUGACGAAGCAACUGCCCAUCGGGGUGAAAUCCUGGAGCGGAUAGCGCCUCUCGAAACCGUCAUGGACCUGAGUAUUGCAAUGGCUUUCUGGUUUGCGUCUAGGGGUAUCGGCUUCAUCAAGGACGAGGAAGGCGAACUAAUGUCAUAUACAAGUCAGGCCAAAGUUCUUCUUUCUGGUUUAGGAGCGGAUGAGCAAUUAGGUGGUUACUCACGACACAAAGAGCAAUUCAGUCAAAGUGGUUGGGAAGGACUCAUUCAAGAACUGCAGUUAGAUCUUGACAGGAUAUCGACCCGUAAUCUCGGCCGUGACGAUCGUAUCAUAUCUGAUCACGGCAAGGAGGCGCGGUACCCAUUUUUGUGCACAAACGUUGUUCAGUUUCUUAGUAGCCUUCGUGUGGAUCUCAAAGUGGAUCUUCGGUAUCCACGGGGUGUCGGUGAGAAGAUUUUGCUGCGACAUGUAGCUCGCGAGCUAGGCUUUAAGCGUGCCAGCUCGCAUUGGAAGCGAGCGGUGCAAUUCGGGGCACGCACGGCCAAAAUGACUGAGAGUGGCCGGGCAGAGAUAGGGCAGCAAAUUGUAGACCGUGGUAGUGAAUAAUGAUUAGAAAUAUCACGAAAGCAUUAAUCAUAUAAAGC